AAAAAUGUUGCAAUCGCAAUUGCUAUUAUCCUGAACUUGUAGUAUUGCGGUAACUUGCAGGAAGGGUCACUUCUUACUAUCCUAACCCUAACUCCAAGUCACCCUGAGAAAGCCUACAGACAUAAGUAGAGAAAAUGGAACGACUCCGACAACACAUCCAUCGUCGUCGUCGUCGCAGCAGCACCCCUAGCAGAGCACCUCCCCAAGGAUCUCAAUCUCCCAGCCUCAGCAGCGAUAGACGCAAGAAAAGCGACCAUGUUUUGCGCCGACUAUACGUCACUUCGGACACGGCAGACUUCGACGCGAACAUUCUCCGGCGAUUCGAAGCGGAGGGCUUUAGCGUCGAGUAUAUCCCUUUCCAAGGGUCCAGCGGAGAUUUCGAGAGAGACCGGAAAGACCUGGAUAAUUUGAUUCACGAGCGAGAGGACGAUCUCGAACCGGGGGAGAGAUAUGCGAUUGUUGCAUAUAACAAACCAGCCUAUCUCCUCCUUACAUCCCACCACCACCCAACAACAGCUACUAACCCUUUCCCUCUCCUCUGUGCCCUAGUAACAUACUAUCCCCAGAUCUCCGGAACAGAUACCCAUAGUAGCCUCACAGACUGCCCUAACACAACGACCAACCCCUGCAUCGUACCCCCCUCCACAACCUCUUCUUCAACCGCCACCUGCUAUGACACCCUCUCCAUCCUUCCUAUCCAAGUCCAUCUUGCCGGCCACCAGCCCACCACCCUCUGGGACGACUACAACAGCCACCCCAGCAAGAAGCGCCACAGAUGUCACCUCUUCUUCUACCCGGAAUCCGAGCCUGGGUUUGCGGAGUCAACGGCCAGAACCCACGACGUGAUCAGUUCGCGCCUAGCCUGGAGUCGAGCGCUGGAUUGUCUGAAGCGCGGGUUUGGUUGGCCCGGAGGGAGCUGGAAGGUGCCCGCCGUGGAGACGGUGUGGGAGGAGUACUGGCGGAAUCUGUUCUACAAUGGACAGGAAGCGGGGCGAGACGAGGUGGAGCAUCAUGCGGCCAAUACAGUGAACAUGAUGGUAGGGAGUGGUGGUGGUAUACCCUUGACCGAGCACGGGGAUAGUGACGGGGGGAACUCUGACCCUACGGCCGAGUUGAAUGAGGUAGCAAUAGUCAAUUGUGUUCCUACUUUAAUUGGAGAACACCCGGCUCAAAUCACUAACUUUUACACCUCGCAAUUCUUUCCUGCCGGGCCACCGUCGCAGAACAUUCGUCUUUUGUCUCGCACGAUCGGUACAGACCGGAUAGUUGAUGAGCUUCUGCUCACGUUUACGCAUACAGAAGAGAUCCCGUGGCUGCUGCCUCGUGUGCCGCCUACGGGUAAACAAGUGCGCGUUGUGAUUAUCAUGACGGCUAGCUUCAUUGCGGGGAAACUGGCUCGGCAUAAUAUCUAUUGGGAUCAGGCGAGCGUCUUGGUGCAGAUAGGGCUGUUGGACCCGAGUCUAGUGCCGAGCGGCUUUAAGGCUACUGGGAAGAACAGAGAGGGACGGGAUGUUGUGGAGAGUCUUCCUGUUGUUGGAGGGGAGGGGGUCGAUAGGGCUUUGUUUUGAACGGAAAAAGGUGAAUUGGGCGGGGGCUUCGUAGCUAUAUAUAUGCCUAUAUCCGCGUUAUAUAGUAUCUAUACACAUUCACACCGAUUCUC